AUGGAACUCAUGCUUAACAAUAUGACGGAACCUUAUCUGCUGAAAUUGUUGAAAAGAAUAGCUACUGUGAAAGAUGACGGGACUGUAGAAUUAGAAGUACCUGGAGACAUAGAAACCCAGGUCAUUGGUGUUGGAUCUAGUCCUUGUAUGCCACCAAUGCAAAUAGCAAUUCUGAUUGUUGGAACACGGGGUGAUGUCCAGCCAUUUAUUGCUAUUGGAAAACGUUUGCAGUUUUUCAUUUGUUUUGGCCUGGGUAGUAGAUUACUUGAUGAGGAUGCUUCAACGCAGGAUCAUGGCCAUCGUGUCAGAUUGGCUACUCAUUCUAAUUUCAAGGAAUUUGUCUUAACUGCUGGGUUGGAGUUCUAUCCUCUAGGUGGUGAUCCCAAAAUUCUUGCCGAAUGUAUGUACAGCCUAACUUGA